GAACUCGCCUGAAUGAAGCUUCCGCAAUAAAAACCGAGUCGUCAUGUUGCCGUCCCUCCCUCUCUGCCUUCGUCCGUCGGCCAGGCUGCAGCUUAUUUCAACCACCCCGGAACAAAACAACAAAAACAGCUAUGUCUGAGAAACUCCCCUACAAAGUUGCCGACAUCAGCCUGGCUGAAUGGGGACGAAAGGCCAUCGACAUCGCAGAGAACGAGAUGCCCGGCCUCAUGAAGAUGAGGGAGCUGUACGGUCAGUCCAAACCUCUGAAGGGCGCCAGAAUCGCCGGCUGCCUCCACAUGACUCUGCAGACCGCCGUGCUCAUCGAGACCCUCACUGCCCUCGGAGCUGAGGUUCAGUGGUCGAGCUGCAACAUUUUCUCCACUCAGGAUCACGCCGCCUCUGCCAUCGCCAAAUCUGGCAUUCCAGUUUACGCCUGGAAGGGUGAGACGGAUGAGGAGUAUGUGUGGUGCAUCGAGCAGACGCUGUACUUCAAAGACGGUCAGCCUCUCAACAUGAUCCUGGAUGACGGAGGAGACCUCACUAACCUGGUCCACAAGAAGUACCCCAAACUGCUGGCAGGUAUCCGUGGAGUGUCAGAGGAGACCACCACCGGUGUCCACAACCUGUACAAGAUGCUGAAGAAGGGUGAGCUGAAGAUCCCAGCCAUCAACGUCAACGACUCUGUCACCAAGAGUAAAUUUGACAACCUGUACGGCUGCAGAGAGAGCUUGAUCGAUGGCAUCAAGAGAGCCACGGAUGUGAUGAUUGCGGGUAAAGUGGCGGUGGUGGCGGGUUACGGAGACGUGGGGAAAGGGUGUGUACAGGCACUGAGGGCGUUUGGCGCCCGUGUCAUCGUCACAGAGAUCGAUCCCAUCAAUGCUCUGCAGGCUGCAAUGGAGGGCUAUGAGGUCACCACCAUGGAUGAGGCUAGCAAAGAAGGAAACCUCUUCGUCACCACCACUGGCUGUGAGGACAUCAUCAUGGGACAUCACUUUGAGAACAUGAAGGACGACGCCAUCGUUUGUAACAUCGGACACUUCGACUGCGAGAUCGACAUGAGCUGGCUCAACAAAAACGCCGCAGAGCGCAUCAACGUUAAGCCACAGGUCGAUCGCUAUCGUCUAAAGAACGGCCGUCACGUCAUUGUUCUGGCAGAGGGCAGGCUGGUAAACCUCGGCUGUGCCAUGGGACACCCCUCAUUCGUCAUGAGCAACUCCUUCACCAACCAGGUCCUGGCUCAGAUCGAGUUGUGGACAAACACCGCAAAGUAUCCUCUGGGAGUUUACUUCCUCCCCAAGAAGCUGGACGAGGAGGUUGCAGCCGCCCACCUGGACAAACUGGGAGUGAAGCUCACCAAACUAACAGAGAAGCAGGCCAAGUACCUGGGCCUGCCCAAAGAAGGACCCUUCAAACCGGACCAUUAUCGCUACUGAACCCCCCUGCUAGUCGGAAGAAGAGAAGGAGAGGCCCGAGAGGUGCUGGUGUUUUGGUUGGUGGGAGCUUUCUGGGUGUCAGUCAUUGAAGAAGGGAUAUAAAACAAAGGCUGUAGGCAAUUCAUCCUCUGACAGUUCAAGCAAUUAGUCUGAAGCCAUUUCUGCUCUGCUCCAUAAAUGUUUUCAUUUACUGAACUCUGGGGUUCUGCAGGGGUUUUUAUUUUUACAGGUACCGCUUCAUUUCAGCUUACAUUUGUUUUAGUUUCUCAGUGACUCGCCAGUAUCUCACCCCUCUCCUCCUCCGUCUGAACCCUCGUCUGCUGUGGCUGUUUGUGAAGACGGUUCUCUUGUCGUUUGUCAUUCCCUCUCCUCUCAUGGAAUAACGGAAACCCUCGCGCCCGUCUGUCCGAACUUCCUCCAAGUUUGAGAUGGUCGGUUAUCUGUCGAUAAUUCAAACCUGUGGCCUUAUUAUUCCAGCUGUUCACGUCAGCGCUGCUUUCUUUCGGCACUUAAGACAUCAAAAGCUGUACUGGAAUGAGUGAGAGAAGCGGUCUGUCUCGGGUGUGCGUGAACAGACACUGCUGCCAAAGUAACCGCUGAAGCUUCAGGUCUUCUGCCCUGAUUUCCAAGUCUUACGGUUUCUUCAAUUUUUCUUCGUUGAUUAUUUAAUUUGAGCUGGAGGUGUUUGCAUCAACCUCACCUCUACUUUUAUUUUCUCUUUUUUUGCAUUUCUCAAUAAGCCAAUCAGAUUCUUCUGAAUUUGGGUUUAAAUGGAUCAAGAUUGUGUUUUAACAGUUUUUUUUCAGUGUUUGAACUGAAGUGUUCAGCUGCUCACAAAGUGAACUAUGUUGACACUGUCAAAGAAACAAAAUAAAGCUGACUUGACUGUUUUAUUCUCUA